ACUGCGGUGGGCGCGAGGAGGGAGCGUGGCUGGUGCCCGCGCGCUUGCCGCCGCCGUUCGGUCCGAAGCUGGCGCCGGGCGCAGCUAUGCGGCUCUGAGAAGGCCGCGACCAUCCACCUUGAGGGAGCCGUAACCGCCGCCGCCGUCCCUGGCCCCCGUCGCCGAGGCCCACUGCCGCCUCUCAGCCCUGCUUUCCGGCUGUUUCUGCCGCUGCCGCCAUGUCUGCGGGCUUCUCCUUCGGCGCCGGGACGCUGGGCUCUGCGGCCGCAGGAGGCGGAGGCGGGGGCUUUUCCUUCGGAGCCGCCACAUCCAGCUCGACAGGAGGACUUAACUUCGGAACUCUGGGCUCUUCCACGGCUACAGCAACUACAUCAGCUCCUUCGGUGGGCUUUGGGAGUGGACUUUUUGGAUCAAAAUCAACAACUGGCUUCACAUUAGGAAACACAAAUACAGGAACAGCAACAACAAUUGCUACAGGACUGACACUAGGCACGCCUGCCACUACAUCAGCAGCUACCACGGGCUUUAGUUUAGGUUUCAACAAACCUGCAGGUUCAGCCACACCAUUUGCUUUACCAGUCACUUCUACCUCAGCGAGUGGUCUGUCAUUAUCAUCUGCUCUUACAUCGACUCCUGCAGCAGGAACUACUGGCUUUACAUUAAAUUUGGGUGGCACAACUGCUCCCACAACAACUGCCUCCACAGGCCUUUCUUUAGGAGGAGCCUUGACUGGUUUAGGAGGUUCACUCUUCCAGAACACAAGCACAGCAGCAGCAGGACUUGGGCAGAAUGCUUUAAGUUUGACUUUGGGGACAACUGCAGCUCCUGCAACUACUGCCAAUGAAGGUCUUGGUGGCAUUGAUUUUAGUAGUUCUUCAGACAAAAAAAGUGACAAAACAGGAACAAGACCAGAAGAUAGCAAAGCACUGAAGGAUGAAAAUCUACCUCCAGUAAUCUGUCAAGAUGUUGAAAAUCUACAGAAAUUUGUGAAAGAACAAAAACAAGUUCAGGAAGAAAUUAGUAGAAUGUCCUCUAAAGCAAUGCUUAAAGUACAAGAAGACAUUAAAGCUUUGAAACAACUUCUCUCUGUAGUUGCCAGUGGAUUGCAGCGAAACACUCUUAAUAUUGACAAGCUAAAAGUGGAAACUGCACAGGAGCUAAAGAAUGCAGAAAUAGCAUUACGGACGCAGAAAACUCCUCCUGGUCUCCAGCAUGAAAAUACAGCCCCAGCAGACUACUUCAGAAUCUUGGUUGAGCAGUUUGAAGUACAGCUACAACAAUACAGGCAACAAAUAGAAGAACUGGAAAAUCAUCUUGCUACUCAAGCAAAUAAUUCACAUAUAACUCCACAAGAUUUGUCUAUGGCUAUGCAGAAAAUCUAUCAAACAUUCGUAGCUUUAGCUGCACAACUUCAAUCGAUACAUGAAAAUGUAAAGAUGCUCAAAGACCAAUACCUUGGCUACAGGAAAACCUUUCUGGGAGAUGCCAUGGAUGUGUUUGAGGCAAGACGAACAGAAGCUAAGAAGUGGCAGAGCGCGCCACGUGUUACCACUGGACCGACCCCUUUCAGCAACAUACCAAAUGCAGCAGCCGUUGCGAUGGCUGCAACACUAACGCAGCAGCAACAGCCUGCUACAGGGCCACAGCCAUCUCUGGGAGUUAGUUUUGGAACGCCAUUCGGCUCAGGUAUUGGCACUGGCUUGCAAUCAAGUGGCUUAGGUUCUUCAAGCCUUGGAGGAUUUGGAAGUAGCUCUGCCUUUGGAAGUAGUGCCACAGGAGCAUCAUCAUUUGGGUUUGGAACUACAAGUAAGCCAUCAGGAAGUCUAAGUGCAGGAUUUGGCAGCUCGACUACAUCUGGGUUUAACUUCAGCAAUCCUGGCAUCACAGCAUCAGCUGGCUUGACAUUCGGGGUGUCUAGUUCUGCAUCUGCAGGCUUUGGGACAGGAGGGCAACUACUUCAGCUGAAGAAACCUCCAGCUGGAAACAAGCGAGGAAAAAGAUAGGCACCCCUUUUGGGGAAGGGGAAAUGAAUCAACUUUGUUCAUCCAAAAAGUCUAUUUUUCUAGAUUGAUGCUUUAAUUAAAUUGCAUCCCAGGAGAUUUAUAAAACUUUUGCUACUUUUCCCUAGUCUGAAAUAAAAACUGAAAUCGUAUCGAACAGAUAUUUUCUUGUGAAUAGAAAUUCAUUUCUGUAUUUUUAUUUUUGGCCCUAGUUUUAGAAAUGUUCUAUACUGUGCUAUUAUUAAAGGAUCUUGUAAAACCAUCUAUUUAACCUAAUGUUAGUAGCAGAAUAUUUUUUGUUAAUAAGCUUUAUACCAUAUGAAUAUAUGCAUAUUUGUGGGUUUUUUUUGUACAGAUAAAAUAUAUUCUAGUACAAAUACUAGAGUUCAUAUCUUCUGUUCCUAGAUAUGGCCUUUAAAUCUACUUCAGGGUGGUUUUGUGUAUAUGGAUGUAAAUAUAUACAGUACAGUGCACACAUCUGUGUGUAUGUAUGUGUAUAUAUGUAUAAAAUAAAAACGUGCAAGCCUUGCCCCAUGGACAGGUCUCCUUUUCUUUGUGUUUUCUUUCUCCAUGUUGCCCUGUGCUCCCAUAUCUUGAUGUUUUUAGGAGUUUCAAAUGGUGAGUCCUGGGCUGUGUCACCAUUGCUGCUUGUGUUUUGUUGUUCAAGACCAGCUGAAAUGCAAUGUUUACUAUUUCAUAAAGUUUGGUAAGUAGUGAUUAGUAGCUGGAUUCUUUUUUUAAAGCCUUUUUCUGGACCCAUUUAGCAGCCAACUCUGAAAAAAAAUCUUAGAUUUUCACACAGAUGCUUGAUCAGUGUUUGGCUUUGGUUUUCCUCCUGAGCUGAGCAGUGAGGCGUUGCAGAAUUUCAGCUGAAAGCUCACGAUGCCACAAGGUCUGUGUAGAAGCAGAGACUGUCGGGCUGGAUGAGGUUUUCCCUGCAACUGUGUGAAAUAGGAUGUGCUGUCCUCAUGCAGACCCAAAUUAGCUGUUAGAAAACAGUUGAUUCCCUAGCUUCUCAUCAGCACUACUAGCUUUAACUUAAAAGCAGUUGUGUAUCUGCUUUCAAUACGAGGUGUGGUAUAAUAUAUUGCUGCUAAAGAACAGAGGGGGGAAAAUGUAAUUUGAAGGCAAAAGCUAUUGCAACAGUAGUUUUUGAUUCUUGUCUAUUGCAACAUCAUAGCUUGUUGUGCUGCAUUUCCAAUCUGAUACUGCUAGAAAUAGCUGAUUAAACAUCUUGAUGAGGGAAAAAUAGAUCAGUUAAAUCACAGGUUGAAGUGUGAACAUGGAACUUUGGAGCUAAGUUACUUUUUAUGUAGGAGAUGUUUUGUGUAUAACAUGGGUCAAAUGAAUAUCCACAAUCACUUUCACAAAAGCACCUUUGUUUUCCUGAAGCAGUUACAGUGCUUAUGAUUUUUCUAGUACCCAGAAUCAUUUUCUUUCUGUUGUUAAAGUGUUACUACCGUUUUGUAUGUUUUGAAAAUGUCUGCAUUCAGUUUGUCACUUGAAAUUAAAGGAAACUGAGCACAGAGUUCUUCACUUUUGUACUUGUAUGUUACUGCAUCUUUGUGAGAGCUGCCUUUUAGGAAGGGAUACAAUGUUUUUUUUUUAUGUCUUGGAAAAAUAAAGCUUACCAUUUCUUUUGAUUUCAACCUUUUCUAAAAAACUUUUAUUGGGCUGCAGUCAAAACUGUAAUGUUUGUAUUCCUUUGUUAUUGCUUUUUUUAAUAGUUGAUAUGUUAAACCACUGGACUCUCUUGUAAGGUAUUAAUUUGUGAAACUAAUUUUAAAUGUGUACUGUUUGUCCAUAUGUGCAACUUAGCAUUGUGCAAACAAUAAAACAGUAAUGCUGUGAUCCUUGUAAUACAAA